CGGACUCCGAGCGCUUCAUUCUGGUUACAGGAAGGCGGUCGCAUUUUGUCUUUGCUGCUCCGGCGUUCCUCCUACCCUCGAUGGCUUCACCGCGAAAUCGCCAUCUUUUACUUUACUUACAUCGUCCCUCACAUGGGUCCCAGUCCUUCAAAUUUUGGGGAUUUUCAACCAACAUCGUUCAUGGGUAACGACCAUAGCCCAAUCGAAUUUAGCUGGGUCAUCGAUUCAGAAAACAAGAUGACCGUCCGAUUCACUUCAGAACCCCUCUCAAUUUUUGACGGGACACCGACUUCCCCGAGUACUUGGAUCCCAUACCUGAAUUCUUUGGCGAGUUCUGAGCUAGUAGAGGGUUUCGACACAACGUGGUGUCAAAUUUGUUAUAAUACCUUGCUUCAUUCAUCUCCGGUUAAUCGGCACGGUUCUCAACACAUGUCACAGUUUUCUUUUGGUGCUGAUUUGACCUCCAAGGGACUGGUCGGAAAGGCGUAUUUUUUGCCUCAUAUACGAUGUCAAGUAUCUAACCUGACAACUACGAAAUUGACUACCAAUGCCAUGGAAAUCAUGGGCUUAGAAACCCCUUGGUCAACAGUGACAUCGUAUCUGUCCACAUUGCCAGAGCAUUUUCAGGCAAAUCCCGAGAUUGUUAGCAUAGACUGCACUGCACCUUCUAUAAAUCGUGCUAAAGUUUAUGUUCGUACACAAGCCACACACUACCACGCAAUUGCCGACUUCAUGACACUUGGAGGACAGCUAUCUGAUCCAUCUAUUGACGCCGCACUAUCUACUCUUCGACACCUGUGGAAUCUUCUAUUCGUUGGAAUUGAUGAAGAUACUCCUCUAACGUCGAGCAAUCCAGGUCAUUUCACCAGCGGUUUCGUCUUGUAUUACGAAAUGACUCUCGAUCGACCCACCCCAAUGCCGAAAGCCUACAUACCUGUUCAACAUUAUUGCGAUAGCGAUGCGCACAUCGCGAGAGCUCUGGCGCAAUAUUAUAAAGAGACAGGGAACGUAUCUGUUGGGGAGCGUUACGUGUCUGAUGUACAAGCCAUAUUCAAUCACCGAGAUCUGUCCGUUCGGACGGGCAUCCAAACCUACAUAGGUAUUGCUGCGAGAAAAACGGGGAGCCAAGUUUCAAUUUAUUUGUGUCCCGAACUCUUUGCGUCAGAGCGCAUGCGCCCGGGCAAUAAUUCUUCGAUAAUACGACCGAGCUAAUUAUCAUUAUCUACUUCGGUUACCGUCACAUUCUAGGGAAGCAUGUUAACAUUUGGUGGACAGUAUAAUUUUCAAGUGAAGACUCACGUUCUACAUUUAUUACAACUACUGUAUAGAUAGCGUAUGCAAGCAGGUCUUGUCAUUGUAGCAAACCUUUUUUUU